GGAUGAUUUAAUAUUGUUCAAUAUUCAUCAUUCAGCAUUUGAUGGAGCUUCAAUAUCAAUUUUUCUUCGUGAUUUCUCUCUUGCUUAUGAGACUGAUUGCUCGUUACCUUUGGAUGAUGAAGCAUUACAAUACACUGAUUAUUCUGUUUACGAACGUCAAAUGGAUAUGACAUUAUCAAGUGACUUUUGGCAGUCACAACUUCAUGGAUAUAAUUUCGAAUGUCGAUUGUCAUUGCCAACUGAUCGAAAACGUUCAUCUAGUGAUCAACGAUCUGGUCUUGCAUCUAUAGCGCAAAUAUCUUUUGGUGAGGACAUUUCCACAGCAUUUCUAAAUUAUGCAUCUGCACAAAAAGUCACACCAUUUCAACUGGGACUAGCUACAUUUUAUGCAUUUCUCUUCAAAAUAAGUCAUGGUCAAAGUGAUCUGUGUGUUACAUGUCUCAAUGCCAAUCGAUACAAAAGUGAAUUACAAAAUAUAAUUGGAAUGUUUGUUGCAACAUUACCUUAUCGUAUUCAACUUGAUUCUAAUUGGUCAUUCGAUGAACUUGUCAAACAUGUACGAGAAAAGUGCUUUUCCGUUCUCGGACAUUCUCAUUAUCCAUUACAAUAUAUUCUUGCUGAUUCUCAUCUCAAUCAAUCGAAUCAUCAUUUUCUCGAAACAGUGUUUGACUUUAUCACUAUUUCUUAUGAUAUGGAUCACUUUUCUUUAAAUGAUGGAACUUUUGAAAAAGUGCCAUUAGAACAAUCGGUUAACUUGGCUAAAUUUGAUUUCAUGUUGAGAUUUAUUUAUAAUCCGGCAUUGGAUGAUGGUAGACUUUCAUGUCGUUUCACCUGCUCGCAUGAUCUAUAUGAUAAGUCAACGGUUGAGAAGAUCGGACAAAGAUUUCAACAUCUUUUCUUUCAACUUUUCUUUUCAAAGUCGAGUGCUGUUGAAAUUGAUCAAUCUAUUACAUCCAUCAACAAACUGUUACUUAUUUUACCAGAAGAAUAUGAAGAAAUGCGAGGAACACUCUUUCACAGAUUACCCAGUAUUUUCAAUGAAGGUAUGUUUAUUCACUUUUCAGCUUGUUUUUUGCACAUACUAGGUGGUUCAUAA